AUGGAGAACAAAAUAAAUGAUUUUGGAAGUAUGAGCUCGACUAUGCAAGAAAAUAAUAGAAAUGAAGUAAGAAAGUCUGGAAUUCAAGUUUUUAACGAUGCAACCAUGAUGGACAAUACUAAGUAUGGAGAAGAUAACAAAAGGAUAGACAAUUUAGAGAGGGAGGAAGGUUCUAUGGUAUCCAAUCUUCCUCUUUUGUUUGCUAAUGGUUAUCCCACAUCUCUCGAGAAAAUUACCAUGACGCAACUAGAACGUUUUAUAUUAUUUAUGGUUCAUUGUUCACUGGGCCAUGAUACAACUAAGGUUAUUAAUAAGCCUGAGUGGUGGCCUCAAGAUAUUAAAUUUUCAAGUCCAUUAACGAGACCUAAAAAGAUCAACGAUAACUGGAUGGCAAAUCUAAAGAAAUUGGUUUUCCGAUGUUAUACAUAUCACAGAAGUGAAUAUUUGUUACGUUUUUGUUCCUAUUUAGCUCAGUAUCCACACGAUGAAUUAGAAUACGUUAAUAAUUGGGACUCGACAACUAGUCUGUAUCACAAAAGUACAGGAAAACUACUAGUAACAUUUCGUAAUGAAAACAUGCAUUAUGACAGAAGAAAUGACAGCUCCCGAAGAACAUUGUUAUCUCACAAUGCGUCUUCAUCAAGCAAUGGAAAAGUAAAGCAACAAACUCCCAUGAUGGUUCAACCACCAUGUGAUGAUAUUUAUCUUUGUGACAAUUGCGAUGCUGAAUUUGUAGGCCUUGCAAAUAUGAAGGAACAUGAAAAAAUAUGUUGCGAACAAGAUCAUGGUGGAUGUAGUGGCUCGCGUUCGUCCACACCAGAUAUGUCCACCGUCAAGCCUGAGUUACAACAGGAUCAAUUUCUGGAGUACUUCCAAUUACGAUCGAGUAAGACUGAAUCCAAAUCGGUUGAUGUAAAAAACGUGAGUGCUCCCGAUGGUAUCGCCAGACGUACCUCUGGACGUGUUAGGAGUUCUCUUAAUUUUACAAAAUUCGCUACUAUCCCAUUUUCAUCACCUGCUGGCAUAAUGCUAACCAAAAAGUCAAAGGCUAUGACUGAAGAAACGCAGCAAGAACGAUUAGAUAGAAUAGAAAGACAUGUCAUCGCGCCGAUAUUGAGCGAUUCGUGUAGACCAAAAUGGCUGGAUGCAGAAAUAGAUAACGAUAGAUGGAUAGUGACAUAUAAACAAAAUCGGGAUAAACCCACUGACCAUUAUGUGCAUCAAUAUAAAUUUGUGAAUUCUUCUAAAAGCAAACCAAUGCUAAGUAUACAAUCACAAUUACUCUACGCCACAUGCAGACCUAUUUAUGUUGUUCUUACCCGAUUGAAUGAGAGGCAAAUUGAUGAAUUAAAAAAAGAUCCUUCAAAAUAUCAAUAUUCUCAGAGGAGUAUUAAUGUUCGGAAACUUUUAUUAAUGAGAAAAGCAGGACCGGCAUGUAAAACGAAGUCGAGAAAAAUGGCCCACACGCAAAACAUAUCUGUAUCUUCGAAACGGAAGGCGUCAUUAGAGGAUGAUGUAGAGCCGAUUGUUGUUGAAGAAGAAGCUAACAUUAGUGCAUCGGCUAAAGAAACUUUAAUCGCACUUGCUGCUGUGAAAUCAUUUACGGACAAUGCUGAGGCUACUAAAGAGAAAAAAUGCCCAUCACAUACGAUAAUGUUGAUUGAUCUCUGUUCGUCUGAUGAAGAAGAAAAUGAUUUGAGUACUCGGACGUCGUGCGACGAGAACAGAGAUCCCAUGAACACCGCGGAGUCUUCAAUCACAAAGUCCUUCUUACGAAAACUAUCACCGAAACAAACUUUACACAAAACUUUGCAUUUACCUCGCACGCUCAUCGACAGACUGUCGGUUAUUGAAUAGCAUAUUAAACGAAAAUGACAACAGAAAUAAAUAUCGAUUGUUGAAUACUAUUUGAAAAAAAAAAACGUAUGCUUUUCUCUAACUUUCGUAAGUUGUAUCGUAAAAAUGCGAAAUUAACGUACAGUGAGCUAUUACUUAUUAUUAUAUAAGUGAUGACUUACUGAUUACAACUUGUACAUGUGUUGUAUUUUUUAUAUUUAUUCUGAUUAUUAAUACAAUAGUUGAAUUUUUUGUUAGGUUAUCAUAAGACUAUUAUGAUUUCGAAACUUUGAAGAAUAAAAAACUGAGUUAUAUUACAUGAAUAGAACAUCGAUUUAGUCAGAUUGCGUUCAGUUACAGAAUAUAGGGUAUUUCUCCUAUCAUGUUUAAAGGAAUAUGAGAGAAAGUGAAAGCGAGCGCGAGAAAGAAGAAGGGGGAGAGAAGAGACAGAAUAAGAUAAGAAUUGUGAUAAGGGAAAGAUAAAAGAAUAUAUUGGAAUAUCACGUGACAGUUUUAAAUAAUAAGCAAUUAAAAUUAAUUUUUUAUUUAUAUGCAUAGCAGUAAUGUAAUAGUGAA